AUGGCUUCUGCUUCGGUGACGACUACGCCUCUAAAGAAGCAUCGUGGCCUCUUCUCGACUAAAACUGCGGGCGGUCGUCUACCUCUGACGCCGUCUCCCCGUACAAGAGCGACGAGCAAUGCCUCGAUCAGCUCUUCGCCCUUUACUCCAUCUCAUGAAGUCGAUGACAACAUUCGGACCAGCCAUCAGUCUUUUUAUGGAGGAAACUUGAGUGCGCACUUCGGCAAGCCUGUAUCCAAACCUCGUAAUUAUCGGGAAUCACCAAAAUCAAAUAUUGCAAAAUUGCGCAAGUCACCAAAGCACUUGGAGCUUGGGAUCUCUGACUGGACGUUGACUGGUACUGGUCCAUCCGGUGCUACACCAUCAAAAGAGCGCGCCCGCAAAGAAGCGGCACGAUCACGAUCCUCCAAACUAGCAGCUUCUAAGACUUCGGUUACUAAAACAACCAUACGUAUCCCUCAUAAUGCGGGGGAUCGGUUCAUACCCAACCGCAUGGCAAGCGAAGGACUGGCGACUGCUGGUGCUGCUAAGCCUGAAGACGGUCAGCGCCCGAAGACCAGUGGUGGUGAUGGAUCUGCUGUCCUCGCCAGUGCUGCUAGUGCAUUUGAUAUUGGAGGACGUGGUUCCGACGAUGACCUUACCGCUGCCCUUGAGAAUCUCGGGUUAGAUGAUAACGAGUCUUCAACCACAUACUCGCGACCUGCCCCUGAUGCUGUUGCCUAUGAGUCAUCACUGGCCGAUGCUUGUGGCGUAAAAUUCAAUACCCGUAUUCUGGCCUACAAACCCCCGCCACCAGAGUCUUCCAAGCCCAUUGACCUCAGAGCCCAGUACAACAGACCCCUCAAACCAAGUGCUGCUCAGUCUGCCCAGUCACGUCGUCGAGUCCAAACUGCGCCUGAACGCGUUUUGGAUGCUCCUGGUCUUCUUGACGACUACUAUCUCAAUCUGCUGGAUUGGAGCUCUGGUAACCAAGUCGCCAUUGGCUUGGAGCGCAACGUUUACAUCUGGUCUGCGGACACCGGAUCCGUCAACCCACUCCUGGAAACAUCGUCAGAUACAUACGUCAGCAGUGUCAAAUGGAGCGGUGAUGGAGCCUAUGUUGGUAUUGGACUGGGAACUGGUGAGGUUCAAAUUUGGGAUGUUGAAGAAGGUACCAAAUUGCGCAGCAUGUAUGGCCACGACACCCGUGUUGGAGUGAUGGGAUGGUCCAAGCACACUCUAUCCACUGGCGCCCGAAGUGGACUUGUAUUUAACCACGAUGUGCGUGUCGCCCAGCACAAGGUUGCUGAGCUCGUCUCUCACACAUCCGAAGUGUGUGGUCUGGAAUGGCGCUCAGAUGGAGCUCAGCUUGCCACCGGUGGUAAUGAUAACCUCGUCAAUAUCUGGGAUGCCCGCUCCUUGAGUGCACCCAAGUUCACCAAAACCAACCAUCGCGCAGCUGUCAAGGCACUGAGCUGGUGCCCUUGGCAACUGAAUUUGCUGGCUACCGGCGGCGGUUCCUAUGACCGUCACAUCCAUUUCUGGAACACCACAACUGGCGCGCGUACCAACAGCAUCGACACUGGCUCGCAGGUCACAAGUCUUCGCUGGAGCAAUCAUUACCGCGAGAUUGUCAGUUCUAGCGGCUUCCCUGAUAACUCCCUUAGUAUCUGGAGCUACCCAACCUUGGUGCGCCAUGUUGAGAUUCCCGCACAUGAAACUCGUGUUCUCCACAGCUGCUUGAGUCCGGAUGGCCAGAUGCUUGCCACUGCGGCCGCAGAUGAGAGUUUGAAGUUCUGGAAGCUCUUUGAACGCAAGCCUGGUGUUGCUGCCUCUGCAUCCCGCGAGGGUGGCGUUGGCAGCAAGGCCCAGAUGUCGAAGUCCAUGACCAUUCGUUAA